AUGGGAGCCACGGCCUCAAGGUUGGCCCCCAGGAAGUCUCAGGGGGCGGCCCUGCUCAAGGCCACACGCGGCGGCGAUGUCGGCAGAGCGGAAGACAUUCUGGAAUCCAGCCCUGGCGCGGCGGCCUACUGCACGCUGGAGGGGCUGACCCCGCUGCACGUGGCGGCGGGCGCCCGGAAUGCCGACCUUCUCGAACGGCUGCUCAUCGCGCUGCGCCAGGCGGGCAGCCACCGGCAGCCCAAGGCCGCCAAGAAGUCGUUCAGCAAGACGGUCAACCAGAAGAACGUGCACGGCCAGACGUGCCUGAUGAUUGCCUGCAAAGCCGGCGCCGCCGACUGCGUGCGGCUGCUGGUGGAGGCUCGGGCCGAUGCCACGCUUUUCGACGACCUCAACCAGCGCAGCUGCCUGCACUAUGCAGCGAUGUAUGGCUGGGCUGAGGCGAUAGAGGCGCUCCUGGAGGAUGAGUCGGUUGUGAGGGCCGGCGACGGGCAUCAGCAGCCGCUGCGCGAGGCGAUGAUGGCAGACAGCCAGGGCCACCACAGGUACAUCGAUGGCCGCGACGGCUACGGCCUGGCGCCGCUGCACCUGGCCGCCAGCCAGGGCCACCUGGCCGCCGUCAAGGUCCUGCUCAAGUGGGUAAGGUGCAACGUGGCGUACAACCUGGGCUCUACAGACCCCUGGACCCCCGCCUCCACGCCGCUGCACUUUGCGGCGGCGGGGCGCGGCCGCAUCGUGGCCGCCAUCCUGCAGGCGGCGGCGGAGCAGGAGCAGCAGGCGCUGGCCGAGGGGCGCGGGCCGCCGCUGGACAUCCGCCUGCUGCAGGACUUCAGGGGGCACCGGCCAUACGACAUUGCGAUGGCGGCGGGCUACCGCUCGAUAGCAUGGGCGCUGAACCCGCGGGUGCCGCUGGCGGCGCUGCUGCAGCGCGCGACGGCCACGCCGGCGGUGCCCUCCCUGGCGCUGCUGGCAGCUGCCGCCCUGCGGCGCCAGCUCACCCAGCGCCUCGCUGAGCUGGCAGGCGCGGUGGCGGAGGCUCGCAACAAUGGCGCCGCCGCCGUGGCAGAAGACGCCGGCGGCAGGCGGGGCGGCGGCAGCAGGCGCAGCGGCAUGCCCCCGUCGAGAGAGGGCUCGGGGCACGGCGGCAGCAGCUACGCUGCCUAUGCGGCGGCAGCAGGGGCAGCAGGCCGGACCCUGCAGGCGGCAGUCGUGGCGCGGCUGAGCAGCGGCCCCAGCGUUGGCCGCCUGAGCUCUGCCGGCGGCGGCGGCCCCGGUGCCAGCACGCACCGCCGCCAAGGCAGCUUUGGCAGCGGCCUCCCCGCCACGCACUCCCGGCAUGCCAGCGAAAGCGGCAUGGGCAGCAGCCUGCACGGCUUCCAGCCGCCCGCUCCGCCUGCAGCCAGGGCCGGCAGCUGGCGUGGCCGGAAUGCGCUCGACCCAGCCUUCUCGCCCGGCUCGGCGCCAGCGGGGCAGGAGCUGCUGUGCAGCAGCGCCACCGCCUCGCCUGCUGCCGUGGGCCUGCUCAGCGUCGCUGACGGGGUUGCCACGGCCAGCCCCAUCAUUCAGUGCGCCCGCACAGCCACAUCAGUCACCUCUGUGGCAGGCUGCCCCGUCUGCCUCGACUCGCGCCUUGAGGUGGCCAUCUCUCCCUGCGGCCACGGCCUGUGCCUGGACUGCGCCCAGCAUCUGACCCAGGCAGAGGACGGCUGCGGCGGGCCCCUGGGCACCACGGCGGUGCUGCCGCUGUGCCCCUUGUGCCGCGGCCUGAUGGCUGGCUUCAAGAUGCUGCCGGCGUAG